AAAGUAAUGGCUGCACGCAUUGGCAUCAAUCUUCGUUUAACAGCUCGAACUGUUGCUGUGGCGAUAACUUUAGUCGACAUACUUUAAAUUUAAUUAAAUCUUGUCCUAUUAUGUUCUUCAAAAUAUUAAAAUCCGAGGGGUUUUACACUUGCUUUGUUGUUGUUCCUUUUUUCAGAGUUUUAUUUGGACGUAAAGUAUUAAGGAAUAGUCCGGAACAGUCAAUGAAAUCGAUGGUGUUCAGUGUGUAAAAUUAAAGUAUUUAGAGAUGUCUGCUCCUCGAUUAAAAUUGGCUGAUUUAAAAGGCUUUCCAGAGAAUGUUGAAGAAGAUGGAAAAAUUAAAACCGUCGAGUUCAUCGAUGCAUCAAAUGAAAUAGUCGCUGUUAUAGAAAAAUUUGGUAAAUUAUUCACUCCAAUUGUUAUGGAUAUGAGAGGAAAUUCAAGCCAAUUAUUUGACUUAUAUCAAAAGGACGUAAAAAAUUGGGAGUUUAUUGAAGACAUGAUUUUAACAGCUCCAGAGCUUAAUUCUCGAUCAUGGUUAUUGUGGCUUAAACGUGCUUUAGAAUUGAUAGAAAGAUUUUUCUAUUACGUCAUUACUGAUCCUAACAUUAUCGCUCAAAAGUCAGACAGUUUACAACCUAUGAUUGUUCGUGCUUAUAAUGAAGUUUUAAAGCCUUAUCAUGGAUUCUUGCUACAACAGACAUUUUCUAUGCUGAAUAGAUGGAUACCCAAUAGAAAAACACUAUUAGGCGUUGACGAGUAUUUUGAGGAUAAUAUUAAGCACUUACAAAUUUUAAUGCCUAGAAUGAGGAAGCACAUUGACAAAGUUGAUAUCUUUUUAAAACAAAAUGGAUUUGACGAUACUAGCAAAGUUUAACUUAUUUAUUAAUAUUAUUCAUCAUCUGGAAUUGCAGGUUCUUUUCGUGCAAUGACUUUCGAAUAAUUAUAAAGUUUAAAAUCGAUUGAAUUAGAAUCAAAAAUAGUUGAGCUAUCUGAGUUAUUAAUUGAAUUUUAUAAAAAGCUUCAAACAAUGAUAUUGAUAAAUAAAUGUGAAUUGGAAGCUGGAUGACAACGGAUAAAAUCAAAAAUCC